CCCAGUCACCGCCGCCGCGCCGCCGCCGCAGUCAGCCGCGCCGCCGCCGCUGCCGCAGCGCGGGCGGCCGCGCGCCGGUAGCAGGGGCUUGGCGAGGAAGUCGCCGAGCCCCGCGCGCUCCGCGCUCCUGGCGGUCGCAGCGCUGCCUUUUAUGACCGCUGCCUUUUAACUGAUUAUCUUAUUGAUUUAUUUAAUUUUUACGAGCCGCUGCUUGGAGGCACGGGUCUUCUCCUAAACCUGCAGCGACGCCCCCGGCGCAGGCACAAAGGCUCCGACGGCGGCCGGCGGGGGCUGCCAAGCGCCCGGGAGCCGGCGCCAGAGGUCGCCUGCGCGCGCCCUAGCCGAGCCCCGGGCACCAUGCCGCGGCGCCUGCAGCCCCGGGGCGCGGGCACAAAGGGCCCACCGGCCCCGGCUCCGGCAGCUUCGGGGGCCGCCCGGAACGCCCACUCUGCCGCCUCCCGGGACCCCCCAGCGUCUGCCAAGCCGCUGCUGCGCUGGGACGAGGUGCCCGACGACUUCGUGGAGUGCUUCAUCCUGUCAGGCUACCGGCGUCUGCCGUGCACGGCCCAGGAGUGCCUAGCCUCGGUGCUGAAGCCCACCAACGAGACGCUUAACUUCUGGACGCACUUCAUCCCGCUGCUGCUGUUCCUGAGCAAGUUCUGCCGUUUGUUCUUCCUGAGCGGCGGCGACGUGCCCUUCCACCACCCGUGGCUGCUGCCGCUGUGGUGCUACGCGUCGGGAGUGCUGCUGACCUUCGCCAUGAGCUGCACGGCGCACGUGUUCAGCUGCCUGUCGCUGCGCCUGCGCGCCGCCUUCUUCUACCUGGACUACGCGUCCAUCAGCUACUACGGCUUCGGCAGCACGGUGGCCUACUACUACUACCUGCUGCCCGGCCUCAGCUUGCUCGAUGCCAGAGUCAUGACUCCAUACGUGCAGCAGCGCCUGGGCUGGCACGUGGACUGCACGCGCCUUAUCGCCGCCUACCGUGCCCUGGUGCUGCCCGUGGCCUUCGUGCUGGCGGUGGCUUGCACUGUGGCCUGCUGCAAGAGCCGUACCGACUGGUGUACCUACCCGUUCGCGCUGCGCACCUUCGUCUUUGUCAUGCCGCUCAGCAUGGCCUGCCCCAUUAUGCUCGAGAGCUGGCUCUUCGACCUGCGUGGGGAGAACCCCACACUCUUCGUGCACUUCUACCGCCGCUACUUCUGGCUGGUGGUGGCCGCCUUCUUCAAUGUAAGCAAGAUCCCCGAGCGCAUCCAGCCGGGUCUCUUCGACAUAAUCGGCCACAGCCACCAGCUCUUCCACAUCUUCACCUUCCUCAGCAUCUACGACCAGGUGUACUACGUAGAAGAGGGCCUGCGCCAGUUCCUCCAGGCGCCGCCUGCUGCACCCACUUUCUCGGGUACUGUGGGCUACAUGCUGCUGCUGGUGGUCUGCCUGGGGCUCGUCAUCAGGAAGUUCCUAAACAACUCCGAAUUCUGCAGUAAAAAGUCCUGCCAAGGGGACAAAUGGUGGAAGAUUGCAUUGAAACAAAAAGUAGCAGAAGGCAGUUCAUCAGAAGUUUCCCAUUUCCCGUAAUGAAAAAAUAUUGACUGAGGACUUAGAGUUUCCAGUAUGGGACAUAAGGAGCUUGGAAGUUGUAACUCCAUCCUAACAAGUAAAAAGCUGAACAGAAAAAUCAACAACUCUCCUCAGAGACAUGAAGUCACAGAGCAAACUGCUGCCCCCCAAAUUGGAGAGACAAACAGGUAGACACAGAGAAUCACAAUUUAACAAAGCAGGAACUCACAAGAAGAAAUUUCAGCAAGAACCAGUACCAAGUUUUUUUGUUCCCUAUACAUCAUGACUAGUUUCCAACAAAAAAUUACAAGGUUUACCAAAAGGCAAAAAACGCAGUUUGAAGAAACAGAGCAAGCAUGAGAACAGUCUCAGAUAUGACAUCAGGUUGGGAAUUUAAAAUAAUUAUGCUAAAGGUUCUAAUGGAAAAAUAAACAACAUGCAAGAACCAACAGAUAAUGUACAAAGAGAUGAAAGUUCUGAGAAAGAAUCAAGCAUAAAUGCUAAAAAUCAAGAACAUUGUGACAGACAUGAAGAAUGCUUUGAUGGACUCAUUACUAGGCUAGACACUGCUGAGUAAAGAAUCAGUGAGCUUGAGGCUAUGUCACUAGAAACUUCUAAAACUGAAAAACAAAGAAAAAAAGACUAGAAAAAAAUCAGAAGAGAAUAUUCAAGAACCGUGGUGCAAUUACAAAAGGUGUAACCUACACUUAAUGGGAAUACAAAAAGAAGAAACAGAGGGGAACAGAAGGAUAUUAACAAAUAAACAUCCACUCAAACACUGCAGCUUGAAAGGAAAUGACAUUCCACAUAGAGACAAGACUUUUGAAUUACUGAUAAUUUCUUUCUCUCUUCUCUUUCUCAGAAGUCCACUAUCAGUUUCUGACCUCCAAAAUCUUUUUUCUUAAGAGCUGAAAAAUUCCUAAAAGAAAUGGAAGAUUUAAGGAAACUGAUUAGCUUUGCAAUUUAUAAAUAAAUGUUAAGCCAUAGGAUUAAUAAAAGGUUUCACAUCCUGCCUGCUCCCAUAAUUUCCAUUCUCCCUAUCUUGAUCCUCUGCAGUUGUAAAAAUAUAUGUGGAAAACUGAAAGGUGGGCAGAAGUGAACAUUUAUUAGUACAAAAUGUAAUUCUCUAAGAGCUACUUUACUACCUCAAGAUGACCUGAGUGAAACUAAUGGCCUAGUUUUUACUCCAGCUCUUAUUAAUUCAGUGGUUGACUGCAUUAGUUCAUCCCUACCUCACUAUCUAUCUGUUUUGAGGGUAGGAUCUAUAAAUAUCAGUUUAGCGUUCUCUCAGAUUCUUUAGUUGCACAGAAAUGUCAUUAAGUACAAAAGGAAAUGGGUUUAAGGAAACAAAUAAUUCUACAGAUACAUGUAAUAAGUAAAC